GCUUUCCUCGGACCUUGGCUUGUCACGCGGAUUACGCUGUCGCUGGGCGCGUAAGUACCUUCCAAAGUUCUUUGAAUCUCUUUUUGGAUUUCUCAACUUGUACUCACGCAAACUAACUUUGUUGCAGCUAAUCUAUUUACUAUCAGCCUUCAGGAACUGUCUUGGCACAUAUCGCAAUGGCAGUCAAAGGAGCCAUGCUUCUCCAUUGUCCGGUAUAAAGGGAGAUCGGAGUGGCAGGCCACAGUCUCCCAUUCGCCCAUUUAUUUCCCCCACUCUCCUUAACUUCUUACCUUUCUUUCUUACGGUCUGCGACCACUCAUUUUUUUCAGAGACUCUAGUGACCUGGUUGUCCAACUCUCCCUCACUGUCACUCACGUACCUGUUACACUUAACGAACUCCCCAUAACCGACAUGAAGUUCUCUGCUGUAUUCAUCAUCCUCGUCUUCACGCUCUCCGCAUCCGCGAAACCUUUCAAGGUUAUCCGUCGCGAUGCUGCUGCAGAGCAGAACGGCAAAGACGCUCUCGCUCAAAAUGACAAGUUCGCGACUCUCAAUGAGAACUCCCCCUGUAAGGUGGGAGACCAGGCCUGUAUAAACAACGGCUUCGCCCAGUGUGUUGGCGGCAAAUUCGUCGUACAGCCUUGUGCCGGCGGUACAAUCUGCAAAGCCUUGCCCUUGGUUAAUGCCCCUGGCACUAGCAUCGCAUGUACUACCCAAGCUGACUUCGAUCAACGUAUUGCUGCAACUGGUGCCAAGGCUGCUGGCAACAACAAUACUGGGAACGGCGGAAAGACGGCCAACGAUGGAAAAGCAGCCAACGAUGGAAAGGCGACGAACGAUGCCAAGAACAACACUGGAAAUGCAGGCAAAGAUAACGGUGACCCUCAGAAGUCCCUUACGCUCCUUGAUUCCGUUAUUGCCAAGGGUUUUGCAAACAAUGGUCAGGACCAGCCCGCCGCAGGCCAAGUCGCGUCUUUAACCUCGACAAACAACUUCAUCAACUUCUGUGCGACGACGAAGUUGCCACUCACCGAUGGCAAACAGAUCAAGACCGGUUCAUGUAACCCUGCCCCGAUGGGCGUCAUCGCAGCAACGACCAACAUGCCAUCUGCCAAGUUCCAGUUCCCUGCCAACAAUGGCCAAGUAACAGCCAAAAAGUCGUUCACUGUCAAACUUGCGCUGAAGCAUCUGGAAACUGGUCACUUCACCAAUGCUAACGAGAACUACUUUGGUGCACCACAAGUAGUCAACAAGGGUGGCGAUAUCCAGGGCCACUCUCACGUCGUAAUUGAGAAGCUGACCUCACUGUCACAAACUGAGCCUACCGACCCUACCAAGUUCGCCUUCUUCAAGGGGCUGAACGCUGCCGAGAACCCCCUCACUGUUGAUGUCACGAAUGGUUUGGAUGCCGGUGCCUAUCGUAUGUGCUCGAUCAACGCUGCAGCCAACCAUCAACCUGUCCUAGUCGCUGUUGCCCAGCAUGGAAGCCUUGACGAUUGUAUCUACGUGAGUAAUUUGGCGUACUCUGCAUCAGGGUGCUUGACACGAAAUGGUUUUUUUCAGUUCACUGCGAAGUAAGGCGCUAACGUCGGGGUCAAGAAGAUAUGAGUUUAGGACGAUUUACUUUUCGCGCUCUGUCUCUGCUGUGCUGCAAUAGUUUAUUGUUAUCCUUAUGUGUUAUAAUACCACCCGCAUUCGCUAAUGCUAUGGUCCAUUACUAAUAGCAGAGGAGGGUCCUUCCAGGUCGAGAUGUGAACGAUCGGGAAAGUAUGUAAGAAAAUGAAAGUCGAGUC